AUGGAAAAGGGAAAACUUGUGGGCAUUUUAGAGAGGGAGUUAAAAGAAUAUGGAGAUAAGGAUAUAUUGAUGUUAUUCCAUCAAUUUUAUCAGUCUAUAGAGGAAAGUGAUUAUGAAAAUGCGCAAGAUUCUUUUAAUGAGAUGGUUCGCCAGAUGAAAAAAAUUUAUGUGGUUUAUGACAAAAGAAAUAAAAAUGAUUUAAUUGAAAAAAUAAAGAACUACUUUAAAGAUGAAACUACAGAGGUGAACAUAGUAGAUAUAUCACAAGAAAAACUUGAAGUGCAAUUAAAUAAAACAAUAGAAGAGUAUGAUAACUUUAGUAAAAAUUUGGAUGAUAUUAAAAACGGGAAACUAAAAGAAAAUGUUGAAAAAAAUGAAUUUCCAUGUUUUAAAACUCCCAGUUCAUUUUUAAACACAAAUUUAUUUGACGAUAUAAAUUUAGACGAUUUAGAAAAAUGCGAAUUUAGUUUUGAUAUAUUAGAUUUAUAUGAUAAAUCAUACAUUGAAAGUGUAGAUGAAAUGCCAGAUACUGUUAUAAAUGAUGAAGAUUUUUAUGAAACUUUUGAAUAUUUUAUAAAUUUAUUAUGCUUAUUAUAUUUUUUAAAAAAUAUAUAUUUUGAUUUAAGCUAUAGAUCAAAUGAAAAUUCGUAUUCGUUUCUUUUUAAAGGGUUUGAAGAAAGAAAAAACAAAAUAAUAAGUUAUUUUUUUAUAUUUAAAAGGUUAAAAAUGUAUAAAUUAAUGGAUAAUGAAGUUAUAAAAAUUUUUUGUAAUUUUUUCCAAUAUACAUAUAUUAAUGAUUAUCUAAUUAGAAACAUAUUCGACAAUUCUACAAGUAUGUUUAUAUUUACAGCAGUUAACAAUUUUAAUAAUAAAUAUGAACAGGAUAAUAUUUCUUUGUCUCCAAAUAAAACCAAUGUUAAUGCUCAAUUUGGUAAUAAUGAUAAAGUGGGUAAUAAUAUUAGUAUUAAUCAAUUAUUUUUUGGAAAUAAUAAUAUACGAUAUGAUAUUGAAAAAAGAGAAAGACAAACUAAUGGUGGGUAUAAUGAUAAUAAUAUGGGAGAAAAAGAUUUAUUAAAAAAAAACGAAAAUGAUAAUCAAGAAGAUUAUUUAAAUAAAAAAUUAAAUAACUUUUUUAUAUCAAAUCAAACCCCUAAUAAUAAAUCUGAUAAAAACUCUUUUGUGGAAAUAAUAUACAAUGAUGAAGCAAUUGAUAAUAUGUAUUCUGAUAAAAUAAUUAAUUCGUUAUUUUAUUUUUUUAAUAAUCCAUACUUAAUAUUUACAUUUCAGAAAAAUGUUUUAUAUUAUAUUGAAAAAAAAAAUAAAGAUAAUGAAUUUUUUUCUUCCCAUAAAAAUUCACAGUCAUUAAUUAGAUAUUUAAACCAUUGUGUAAUAACUAUAUCUGAAAUACUUCACAUUUUUAUAACAUCGGGUUUGUUUUUUAAUAAUAAUAUUAUGCAACAAAAAACAAAUAAAUAUUUAAAUUUUUAUAAAUUGCUUAAUUUUAACAAUAUGAAUUUUGAUUAUGAUAUAAUCAAUGAAAAUAAAAGCAAAAAUAUCCAAGAUCGAGCAAAUGACAGUAAUAUUAGUAAUACUAAGAAAAAUACAAAUUUGGUAAAUAAACAUAAGACUGUAAGUAAAAGCCAUGGCAAAGGAGGAGAAGAAACUAAAAAAAACUCCAAGCAUUAUCAUAAUCAUCAUGAAAGAAGAAAAAGAGCUAUAUCAGAUGAUACAAUUGUGUCAGAUAUUGAUAAUAAAUAUCACUACAGUGAUAAUAACAAAUUAUUUUUUGGUAAAAGUAAUAAAAUAAUUAAUUUAGACAAGUCAAAAUAUAAUUAUGCGAAUACUACAGAAAACAAAAAGGAUAUUGAUGAUAUUAAUAUGCAAGAUUUUAAUAUCACAAAAUAUUUGAAUAAGUACAAAACAGUGCUUCGUAAACUUUGUGAAAAUGAUUUUAAUAAAAAUGAUACUACUAGUAAUGAUGAUGAAGAACAAAUCAAUACGGAAGAUUAUUAUGACGAAAAGCGUAGCGAUAAAAACUUAAAAAAUAUAAAUAAUAAACAUGACAAUGCUUAUUUACGAAACAAUUAUAACAGAAAUUCAAUGUCAUAUAACACAGACACGUAUGAUAGUGAUGUGGAAAGAGAAUCGGGUAGUCAUUCUAGUGGAUCUAAAGAGGAAUAUUAUAAUUCCAAGCAUCAAAACGAAGAUAAUAAACCUCGGGGUUAUAAUAAUAAUAAUAGCGAUUCUAAUAGUAUGAGAGAUAACAAUAGUCGAUACGAAAGUGAUGAUAGUGAGGGCUCUUAUCAAAAUACACUUUAUCGAGGGAAAGAUAAAAAUUCUAAAAAGGAAAAAAAAAAUUCCAAAAAAUCAAACAUAGAUAAUAAUAGUACUACUAUUGUACACAUUACCAAUAGUAUGUAUAAAACUGAUGAUAUUAGCAAUAAGAAAAUUUUUAAUGAAAUUUUGAAUAAGUCAAAAAAAAAAAAAAAAUUUUAUGAAAUAAUAAGAAAUAUCAAUAAGUUAAAAAAUGCAUUUGAUGUAAGUAAUAUCCAAAAAAAUAAAAAUAUAGAUUUAAAUUAUGUUGAGAAUAUAGACACGAUAUCGUAUUUUAUAAGUAUAUUUAAUUCUGAUAAUAUAUUUCAAUUUGAUUAUUAUUUUUUAAAGUUCAUAGCAGAAAUAACAACUAGCUAUAAUAAUUAUAUUAAAAAACAUAUUGUUGAUGAUAAUAGUGUAAAAAUUUAUGGGAAUGAUAUUGAUAAAUUGGCAAAUGAAAUUAAGCAAUACUUAAAUGAAGUAACAAAAUUAAUAUAUGUAUAUACAUGGUGUAUAUUAUAUAUAUUUGGCCAUUCUUAUUCUUAUGUCAAAUAUGCAAAAUAUUUUUAUCAAAAAAAAUCGUUCUUUAUUUUGGAAAAUAAAAAACAAUGUAUAUUCAAUAAUUUUAAUUAUUGCAUACAAGAAAAUGAAUAUAAAAAUGGGUCAGGGGAAGGAUAUACACAAGAAACUGAUCAACAAAGUGAUGCAUUUUAUCUUCAAGAAGCCGAAGAUGAUGUGCAUUUAAAGAAUUUUUUUAACCCAUUAAAUGUUGUGGAAAAUUUAAAAUACAAUUAUGAAAUUCGAAGAAAUUUAAACGAAUUUAAUAAUUUCAAUUUUCACAAUUUUAUUAAUAUAUAUAAAAAUUCUUAUUUUCAAAACAUUGUUGAUAAACUUCAAUUAAAUAUAAAGUUUAUAGAAAAUAUUCUAUUUACUAUUGAUAAUGUGCUUGAUAAUAAAGUAAGCAAAAGCAAAAAAAAAAAAAAAUAUAUAAAUUAUUUGUGUGUAAAGAAUCAAAAAUUAGAUGAUAUAUAUAAUUCUAUUGAAAAUCUUAAAAAAAAUAUUAAUAAAUAUAAAAAAACAUUUCAUUAUUGCUUAAAUUUUAAUAAUAUCAAAAAUGCUAUUAUAUUAUCCUUAGAAGAGAUGAAUAUGACUUCAGAUAAGUUAGAAUUAAACAAACUUUUAAAUGAACAGCUUAACAAAAUUGAAAAUCGAGGGCAGUUAAAAAGAAGGAAGAAAAAAAUUAACGUCAAACUAAUUGAUAAUAAUUUUGUUCUUGAUACACAUUCGAAAAAAAAAAGGAAAAAAAUGCACAGACACAAAUUAAGUGAUUAUUCAAGUUAUGCUGAUAAAACGAUGGAAUAUGAUAUUAGUAGUAGUUAUAGCGAAGACAACAGCAAUAAUAGCGUUGAGAAAAAUAAAAUGAUACAAUAUACUUUUGGUGCAAAAACAAAAAAAGAAAGAAGAAAAAAAGAGAGCAAUAGAAGCUAUAGCAAACAUAAUGAUACUUCCAGUUUGCUGCAAAAUGAGCAUAGUCGAAAAAAUUUAGACAACAAAAAUUCUUUUGAAAUGCAUAAUCACGAAAGUAGUGGUAGUAAUUAUAAAAACUCAAAAAAAGGAAAAAUAAAUCAUGAUAGUAAAGAAUUUAAUAAGAAUAGGAAAGGAAAACAUGAUUAUUUAGGAGAGAUUGAAGAUAUUAAUAAAAUGUAUGAAAGCAGCGGUGGUUCGAAUAAAUAUGAUGGCAAUAGUGACACGUUAAGUAUUGACAAUAGCUUGUCUAGUAAUAUAAGCAGUGGUGAUAGUAAUAACAGAAAUUAUCAUAAUAAGCAAACUAACAAAAAAAAAACAUUAAAUGGCAGAUAUAAUAAUAACAUAUAUAACGGUAAUGUAAAUGAUAAAAAUAAUAUAAAUAAUAUCGAGGAGAAGGAAAAUAAUAUCAUUUUAAAUAGCGAAUAUAAUACAGAAAGAUUAAUUUUUUUCUUUAACUUAUUUAAUGGAAAUGAAUUAUUUUAUUAUUUGUCAUUAUAUUAUUUAAUUAAGGAUGAAAAUAUUAUGGAGAUUUUACAUUUGUUGCCUUUAAAAUAUUUACUUGAUUUAUUAAUAUUAUAUGAUUUAACAGAUUAUAUAAAGUUUAAAGUAAUAGCUCGAGUUUUUCGAAUUAUAUAUGAAUUUCAAGAUUUUUCUCCAAUAUUAAGUGAAAGCAUAUUUUUCAAUAAAAAUUAUUUUUUUUUGAAUAAUGCCGAUUUUACAAAUUACGAAUUUUUGUGCAAAUUUUUAACCAUUAAUAAUUUAGACAUAUAUAAAAUAGAAAAAAAAACAAUAGAUGAAAGUAAUUAUAAAGCUAUCUCAACAAAUAAUAUAAAAUCGAACGACCCUAUUGACAAUGGUGUAUUCAUAGAAAAUGAAAAUGAAAUUGAUAUAACCGCAGAUGAAAAUAUUAAUGACGCAUAUAAAAAUGAGAAAAGACCUUUAAAGGAAGUUUUUUUAAAUCUCAUAAAAAAUAUGUUCUCUUUAUGCAAUUUUUUUACUAAUAUAAAAAGUUAUCCUAUUGUGUUAAAAAAUUUAUUAAAUAAGAUAUUAAUAAGCAUCAUUGGAAAAUAUAGUUAUAUAAAUAAUGAUAGAAAUAAUAAAGAUUAUAAUAGUAUAACUUAUUAUAUUCUUCGAUUUAUUUUUAAAAAUUUUAAAAACAUCACACUUGGCUAUAGUAACUCUUCAUAUUUUAAUUAUACAAUUACAGACCCUACAGAAUUAUAUAAUAUAAGUAUGCAUAAUUUUAUUUUAUACCAUAUAUAUGAAUUAGCUAUAAAAACAAAAGUGCUGUCUAUAAAAAGCUCAUGUUUUAAAAUAUUGAAAUACUUAUUAACAGAAUAUUAUUAUUAUCCGGAUUUGCUUAAUGAAAAGUCUCAUGAAUUAAUUAAUUCAGAAAUCAAGAUUAACAAUUUCUAUAUAAAAAAUGUUAUAUUAGAUUUUGUGUCUUUUAAUAUAAUGGUAUGUCAUCUUCAAAAAGAGCUUACUUCAAAUAAUAGCGUUUUAAAUAACUUAGAUUUGUUUAAUUAUUCGAUUAAAUCUAUAGCAAAUUAUUUAAUCGAAUAUAAUGAUAAAUCAUUUUAUGUUUUAAUGGAUAAAAAUGUACUUAAAACAUUUUUAAUCAAAUUAACCUUCAUGAUGCCAUUUAUAUAUAAACUAAAAAUACCAGCUUGCGUAAUUAGACUAUAUAUUCGCGUCAUUAAAUCGCUAGACAAAGAUAUACUUGAUAAUAUACAUAACAGUAACAAAAUUAAUCUUAUAUAUGAUAGUUUGUUUUAUAUUAUUGUAAGUCGUUUUAUUUAUUUCUUUUUAAACAUUAAUAUCGAAUUGGACGAAGAGGCAACCAAUAUUUUAUCAUCCAAUCAAAAAAAUCAAUUUUCUCGAAAUUCUUUUGACAAUACAAGUUAUAUUAAAAUAAAUACAGUGGAAAAUGAAGAAAGCGAAAACUAUAAUGAAGAAGAAAGGGGUAACUUCAGAGAUAAAUAUAAUAAAAAUACGCAAAGUGUUAAGCAAACUUAUGACUAUUUAACUGUGGAUCAUAAUUAUAACAAUUAUAGUCAAAAUGAAGAGUUAGAUCGCAUUAUUGAAGAUAUUAAAUCUUCCAACAAGCAUGAGGUAAGUGAGGAAGCUGUUAAUAGUGAUGAAAAAGUUAUGAACAGAGAUGAAGAAGAUAAUAAUAGUGAUGAAAAAGUUAUGAACAGAGAUGAAGAAGAUAAUAAUAGUGAUGAAAAAGUUAUGAACAGAGAUGAAGAAGAUAAUAAUAGUGAUGAAAAAGUUAUGAACAGAGAUGAAGAAGAUAAUAAUAGUGAUGAAAAAGUUAUGAACAGAGAUGAAGAAAAUAAUAAUAGUGAUGAAAAAGUUAUGAACAGAGAUGAAGAAGAUAAUAAUAGUGAUGAAAAAGUUAUGAAUGUAGGUGAUGGGGAGGCAAAUGGUGAAAACGAAAUGAAGAACGAUACUUUAAUAGAUGAUAUGAACGGAAGACACAGCGACGAUACAAGUAAGAGGGAUAUACGAACUGAAAGCAAAGGUGACAGCGACAAUGAAAAUAAAAGGAACAGCUUGAGCGAUGAUACAAGUUAUAGUGAUAAUGAAAAUAAAAGUGGCAGCUUGAGUAGCGACAAAAGUUAUAGUGAUAAUGAAAGUAAAAGUGACAGUGAUGGAAGUCGUAGUGAAUAUGAUAGAAGUAGUGAUGAGAGCCCUUUGCAAAUGGACAACGGGGUUAACGCUAAUGUAAAUACAAAUAAUGUGAACAAAAUUUCUGAUGUGCUAUUUUUAAGAAAAGUGAUAAAUGAAAACAAUAACUUGAAUUUAGAUAAUAAUUAUUUUAUAAACUAUUCAUUGCAUAUUCUACAUAAAGAAAAUUAUUCGAUUUAUGUAUUUUUUUCUACGUUCUUUAAAAAUGCAUUGAAAGAAUAUUGUGAAAUAUCAAAAAAACAUAAAAUAUAA